UAAUUCCAAAUUACUGUUGUAUUAAUUAGAUAUUAUGUCAACCCAGGCUUGUACUUUAAACUUUUUGAAAGACUUAUUGUGUUCAUAAGGGGAAGGUGUGCACUAAAUUAUCUGAAUUAAGGCAAGGACACAAAACAAGUGAAAUGCUGGAUAUAAGUAAAGUUGAAGCAAUUGAUGAUGGUUGGUUGGUACCAUCAGCUUCAAGAAAUGAAAACUUUGUUCUGAUACAGUCAGAAUGUACAUGCAAGCUUGAAUGUAGUGAAUGUGGUGUGUGUAUUCACCGUUAUGCAUGUACAUGUGUAGACUGUAGCAUUAAGUGGAAUAUGUGUAAACAUGUACACUUACUGCCUUUAUUAAUAAACACGUACUAAGGCCGGGCUAACUUUAGUCCUCGGACUAAGGCAAUAUCCCUAUUAAUAAACAGCGACUAACCCUGAACUAAGCUAAACCCUCUCUAGUCUCGGACUAAAAUUUAAUCCAAUGUAAUAGCAGGUUUAAAUCAAGACUAACGUGACAUUGACGGUUGGUGUUCAUAACCUUAAAAACGUUUUAUUUGUUUUUACAUAAAUCAAUAUUAUUUUUAUAAUGGAGAGGGACUAUUUUAUAGACGAUUUAAGAUUAAUACAAGAAAUAAAUGAGUAUAGAAAUCAGCGGAAUAUUCCGAGACACAUAAAAAUAUAUAAAAUUAGAAAAAAUCCUUUAGAGGAAUUAGAAGAAGGUGAAUUCAAAACCAAAUACCGCUUUUCAAAAGCCACUGCAAUUUUUAUAAUUGACAUGGUCAGAAAUGACUUAGCUGGCGAUUUUAGAGGUGGACAUGUACCUCCACACAUAAAAGUCUUGUGUGCAAUAAGAACUUGGGCACGUGGAGAAAUUCAAGAUGAUGCUGCAGAUAUUAUUGGUAUCAGCCAGCCAACAGUUUCGCUUGUCUGUAAACAAGUUGCUUUAGCUCUGGUAGUACACAGAGCUCAGUGGAUUAAAAUGCCACAAAAUGAUCUGGAGCAAAAUAGAGUGAUUGCUGGGUUUUAUGGAAUAUGUGGGUUUAGGCAAGUGGUUGGAGCUAUUGACUGCACCCAUAUUCGAAUUCCAAAAGUGGGUGGAAACAUUGGGCAAUAUUACAUAAACAGAAAAGGAUACAGUUCAAUAAAUGUACAAGUUGUGGCCAAUGCUAAUUUGGAAAUUAUGGACAUAGUAGCUCACUGGAGAGGCAGCACUCAUGACUCCAGAAUAUUCAAUGAGUGCAGAUUAAAACGUAGGUUCGAGCAGUCAGAAUUCAAAGGGAGACUAUUGGGAGAUUCAGGCUAUGCCUGCUCCCCUUAUUUAUUCACUCCAGUCCUAAAUCCGACAACACAACAGGAGGAACGUUAUAACAGGGCACAUAUACAAACCCGCAACACUGUGGAACGAUGUUUCGGUGUGUGGAAGCAAAGAUUUCGCUGUUUACUAGAUGGGUUUAAAACCAAAUUAGAUAACACCAAAUUGUACAUUGUAGCGCUGGCAAUACUUAACAAUAUUGCCAUCCACCACCGGGAUAUGAUUGAAAAUAUUGACCAACCAGGAAAUGAAGACAUACCAGUAAUACCUGCAAUUAAUAAUAACAUUAGAGGAAAUGCAGCUAGAGCUGCAUUUAUUAAUGAUAAUUUUUAGUUGAAUGGAGAUAGAUACUACCCAAUUCCUUCUCAAAGAGUUUGGCAAAUAUAUUUGGACGGAUGUUAAAAAAAUACAACCUUUAUUAUUGCAAAUAAAAAGUUAUCAAAACACA